GCCACCCGCCAGUGCGUGUUGUGAGUUUUGUUUUCCUUUUUUUUUUUUUUUUGUUUUUUUGUCUCUCCUCCCCAUGUUUUACACACACAGCUGAGAGAAAGGGGAGCCAGUCAGAGAAAAAAAGCUCGACCCUAUCCCAGCACAGGCGAGCAGCACUGGCAAACCGCCGUCUCUUUGUUCUGCACUGGCUUUGACAAGAAAAAAAGUGACAUUUAGACAUUUUAUUCCUCAAUGCCAUCGCGAAAAUUCACAGAGAUGGACUCAAACGGGGCCGAAUACAUGGAUCACUGUGGGUCGAAGAGAAGGAGGCAUGACAGCGAGCAGUCAGUGUCCAGUGGGACCUGUGGCCUGGAGUACACAGACCUGGAGGCGGCUGAGGCGCUGGUGUGUAUGAGUUCUUGGGGUCAGGGUCUCUUCCUCGGCAGCAACAGGCCGAACCCCUGCAAGCCCAGGCCCCUCACCCCGGCAUCAGACUCCUGCGACUCCCUCAUGCCGACAGAACUUCCAGAGCCGCCGAAGGACUUUGUGUCCCUCUCCUCCCUGUGUAUGACUCCCCCGCACAGCCCCAGCUUCGUUGAGACUUCAGCGCUCCAGUCAACCGUGCAGCACUGUGUGUCCGGUCUCCAUCAACCUGUCUUGGCACCCAUCGCUGAAACGACGCCCUGCUUACCCCGCGUGCCACAGCCCUGCAGAGCCAUGGCGACCAGCGUCAUCCGCCACACCGCAGACAGCAGCCUCUGCCAGCACCACAUUCCAGUGGCCCCCAAUCCAGAGCAAACGAGAAACGGAGCUGCCUUGAUCUGCCAGCAGACUGAGUCAAAGACUGAUCAGAUAAGCACACCUCCGUCUCCUCCCGCUCCUCACACACCCACAUUGCCCGCCUCCAAAACAGAACAGCAAGCCAGUCCCACAAGGUUCUGCAUGGACAGUUUCUCCACCCCCACACAUGUCAGUACCCAACACAGCCCACCCAUUCCCGCUGCCCCCGCAACUCUGUCUCCACCUUCCGUCGCCAGCCCACAAAUCAUCUGCCAGAUGUUCCCUGUCAGCAGCCAAUCGGGUAUAAUCUCAGCCUUCAUCCCCAGUGCGGUUCAGACAUCCAACACUGGGAUUCGGACCGCCACCACAUCCAUCCUCACCCAGCCCACCUCAGCUAAUGCUGCCACCGUCCAGCAGUCCCUCAUUGUGGGCUCGGCGGUGCCCCAAGGCACAGUGAUGCUGGUCCUCCCUCAGUCCUCUGUCUCUCAGGCCCCUCACUGCCCCCAGACUGUCAUGACCCUGGGCAACACCAAGCUGCUACCUCUGGCCCCAGCCCCUGUGUACGUGCCAGCAGGACCCAGCGGCAGCACAACAGCCACAAAGAUGGACUUUUCCCGCAGAAGAAACUACGUCUGCAACUUCCCAGGCUGCAGGAAGACGUAUUUUAAGAGCUCGCACCUCAAGGCUCAUCUCAGAACACACACAGGUGAGAAGCCCUUCAGCUGCAGCUGGGACGGCUGUGAUAAGAGGUUCGCCCGCUCAGAUGAGCUCUCCCGUCACCGACGGACACACACUGGUGAGAAAAAGUUUGUGUGUCCCGUGUGCGACCGGCGAUUCAUGCGCAGUGAUCACCUCACCAAGCACGCACGCCGUCACAUGACCACAAAGAAAAUUCCCUCCUGGCAGGCUGAUGUUCGGAGCCUGAACAAAAUGGCUGCUGGCAAAACACCUCCCUCAAAACCUGGCCUGGCCACGCUAAGCAUGCUGGUGCCUGCUGGCUCAAAGUAGACAAUAAACACUGCCAUCCUACCCACUCCCAAGACACCACAGGGAGCAGCCAAGCACACAAGGCUGCUGCUAUUUUACUCAUGGGAAUGAAAGAAAAACAUGCACUGGACUCUUAUUUGUUCUCUCAACUGCUCAUUUGUACAUGUAUUUUUCUCUAAAGGACUGUUUACUUUGAUAUAAUUGAUAAUAUGUAUGCACUCUCGCCAAAGCCUUUGUAUGAAGUUUGUCUUAUACAUUUCAUCUUCUUCACCCCUGCUACAACACUUUUGAUCAACAGUACCAACACACUUUGAUUGUGUUGAGAUAUAUAUAUAUAUAUAUAUAUAUAUAUAUAUAUAUAUAUAUAUAUAUAUAUAUAUAUAUAUAAAGUCUAUGUGAAUGUAUUGUUUAUCGUACUAUGAAAUGCAUUUAUUUGUCAUAUUUAGGAAAAUGUAAACAUGAAAACCAUGUAAAUAUAAAUAUUAAUCAUCAGUGCUAUGAUCAUACAUUGAUUAUAUACCCUUGUCUAAUUUUUCAUAUUAUUUAAUACAUAUUUGUAAUAAACUAAAGGUCAAAUGAGUCA